AUGCUUGUUGUUGAAGUACCAAAACUAGGAAAAGAGGCUGCUAUUAAUGCAAUCAAAGAAUGGGGCCAACCAAAAUCCAAAAUCACCCACUUGGUCUUUUGCACCACUAGUGGUGUUGACAUGCCCGGUGCCGACUUCCGCCUCGCCAAUCUCCUCGGUCUGCAACCAUCCGUUAAUCGUUUCAUGAUGUACCAACAAGGUUGUUCUGCCGGUGGCACAGUUCUUCGCCUAGCCAAAGACCUAGCUGAGAACAACAAAGGUGCUCGAGUCUUAGUCGUCUGUUCUGAAAUCACAGCGGUAGCAUUUCGUGGGCCUAGUGACACCGAUCACAGCGGACUUUUGGCCCAGGCCUUGUUUGGUGAUGGUGCAGCUGCAAUUAUAGUUGGAUCGGACCUAGUGCCCGGGGUUGAGAAGCCUUUGUUUGAGAUCAUCUCAGCGGCCCAAACCACUCUCCUUGAUAGUGAAAGUGCCAUCACAUUACAACUUCGUGAAAUGGGCCUUACAUUCCAUGCGAGCAAGUGUGUUCCUGGGCUUGUCUCCAUGAACAUAGAGAAGAUCUUGGUGGAGGCAUUUCAGCACAUGGGCAUCUCUGAUUGGAACUCUAUUUUUUGGAUUUUACAUCCUGGUGGGCCUGCUAUUUUGGACCAGGUGGAAUUAAAGUUGGGCCUUAAGCCCGAGAAGUUAUGGGCCAGUAGGCUUGUCCUAAGAGAGUAUGGUAAUUUAGCAAGCGGAUGUGUGUUGUUUGUACUGGAUAAGAUGAGGAAGAAGUCAGUUGAGAAUGGGCUUAAGACCACUGGUGAUGGGCUUGAGUGGGGCGUGCUUUUUGGGUUUGGGCCUGGACUCACUAUUGAGACUGUGGUGCUCCACAGUGUCUCCACUUAAUGGGCUUAGCUCAUAAGUAUCCCUAUUUUUUUCCCCCUUCAAUAUGUGGUUUGCGUUUGUGGAUUGGGUUUGUUGGUUCCACUUCAUUAUGACUAUUUUAAAGU